CCACCAUCCCUAUCUCAGCACCCUUGGGCUGACUAGCGUGCUAGCCUGCGACCCGUUCGGCGACAUGAAGCACAACAAUGCAGAGAGCGAAGGUCGAGCAGACGUCUGCUGUUUCGCCACCGCAUGGCAAUCGAAGAUCACCGCACGAGCUCAGUCGCACAUUCAAGAAACAGCCUGCCAUGAAGGCUCAGAAGCACAGGGACAUACCAGUACCAGCUCCACGGUGCUAGAGCGGGCUCAACCAUCUGAGUCACCCCUUGGAAACCUGAGCGACACUGAACGUAAGCGUUAAGACCUGGUGAGCCAUGCCCGACUGUGCGAAACUGCUGAGGCGCAGAAAUGCAUGUGGGCAUUGAGACCACUGCAUCCGGAGCCACGCAUGUAGACAUAGUCCACUGAAACGAAAAGGUGAUGUGGAUAAUCGCGAUGCCCUGUCGACCGACAGAAAGGCAUGGGCGAGACCCCGCAAAAAGAAUGACUGAUGCCAUGAAAAAGUUCGACGACUGAACUAAGCCAAGCGCAUGUUGCAACAAUGCAGGUGCUGCGAAAUGUACAAUCCUCGCAAACGCCGUGCCUCCUUGCACCGUCUCUGGCGUCGGGGUGCGGCGGGCACGGGAAGGACAGUGGGAGGAGGAUGGGCAGAGAGGAGUGGUAGGAGUGAGGACGAGGAGCAGCAGGAGGAGCGGGAGGGGGUGGCGGCCAUGUUCGUCCCGAAUUGAGGGCUUCCCCCUCGCAAGCCAGCGUCUGAAGACAGCACGACCGCUGCCGACAGUCGUUUCGAGCCACACAUGGGCUUCGGCGGCCCAAGAACGAAGCCUCGCUGUGCACCUUUAAGCCGCUCUCGACCAACAAGCUCCGCUCCCAAGACAGCGUGGGUGAGAUGUCCAACACGGACAUCAUCGGCCUAAUAGGCACCCAGCGACGCAGUUCUGCAGACAUGUUGGAGCCAGCACGCACACAGGCACACACGAGUCGCACAGAAGUUGUGGAGUCUCGCCCUGGACGUAUGCAAAAAAGUGUCCCAGAUGUUGCGCCAGAGGCUUUCUCCAAGUACCCCGAGGGCUACGAAUUCAAACUGGAGAGGGGAUCGUUCAAGUUGUUGCGGAUAGCCGUGGAUCUAGAACCGAAGACACGAUUCUCGACCAAGAUGGAAGCGUACGGUCUGUGCGAUGCUGGAGUGGCUGCGCCUGGUUCUUCGGAACACAUCGGCACGCUGGUCGCUAGGAAUCUGCGCCCACCUGAACAGCUGAAUAGCCAAUUCGAGAAAGUCAGUGCGGCCUCAGGCUCACAACAUUUCGGCAAAUUCAACUUCACAUCGGAAAAGCUGGCGCCUCUGUUGCAGACACAUCCGCUAUGUGCACUGAAGGCGCAUGUGGCGUAGGAGACCCAACACUUCAACAAGAGAGUUGCUUAAACGCUGGACUACCGUAUCGUCCCGCAGAAAUGGCGCGAAGCCAAGACGUGGUGCAAACCGUUUACGGCGAGUGCGUGGGGACAGCAAG